UAGAGUACCUCGAAUACUCGGUUUAGAUUUCUAUCCCAAGCUUUGUCUGCUCUCUUCACCUGUUUUAUAUUUGUGAAAAAAGGAUUUCUAAUUUUUCUUGGAUACUCUGAUACUCUUAAGUUGCAUACUUUUUUAAUGGCUGGAAAUUUCUGGCAGAGUUCACACUCCCAACAAUGGAUACUUGAUCGUCAAGACUUAAUACGCGAACGUCAAUAUGAUUUACAAAUUCUUAGCGAGGAGGAAUACCAGAAGGUUUUCAUAUUUUUCGCCAAUGUCAUCCAAGUGUUGGGAGAGCAGUUAAAGCUACGACAACAGGUUAUUGCCACGGCUACGGUGUAUUUUAAACGUUUUUAUGCGAGAAAUUCUUUGAAGAAUAUAGAUCCUCUGUUAUUAGCUCCUACAUGCAUUUUGUUGGCUUCAAAAGUGGAGGAGUUUGGAGUCAUUUCCAAUUCUAGGCUAAUUUCAAUUUGCCAAUCGGUCAUCAAGAGCAAAUUUAGCUAUGCAUACACUCAAGAUUUUCCGUAUCGUACAAAUCAUAUAUUGGAGUGUGAAUUUUAUUUACUGGAGAACCUAGACUGCUGUUUGAUUGUUUACCAGCCAUAUCGCCCAUUGUUGCAACUAGUCCAGGAUAUGGGUCAGGAAGACCAGCUGCUGACGCUAAGUUGGCGAAUUGUAAAUGAUUCCCUGCGUACAGAUGUUUGUUUACUUUAUCCUCCGUACCAGAUUGCCAUUGCUUGCCUUCAAAUUGCGUGUGUUAUCCUACAGAAGGAUUCCAUGAAGCAGUGGUUUGCUGAACUAAAUGUAGAUCUCGAUAAAGUGCAAGAAAUUGUGCGAGCUAUUGUAAAUUUAUUUGAGCUUUGGAAGGAUUGGAAAGAAAAAGAUGAAAUACAAAUGUUGCUGGCGAAAAUUCCCAAACCUAAACCUGCGCCUCAACGCUGAUAACAUUCGUUUUAAUUUAGCUGUAAUAUUAUGGAUAUUUUUUAUUUAUAAUAAUAUUAAGUUAUAAAAAAAAAUACAAAAAAUAAAAUAUAUUUUGUAAUAUUUUACUCAAA